UUAUAAGACGCCCCCAAUUGCAUCCCGCUUUCUCUUUCUUCUCUAUCAGACCGUUUACCACAUUGUGCACUGAAACAACACACAGCACUUACAAUGUUCAACACCAUCUACCACCUCCGCGCCAGGGUCGCCACCUUGUUCGCCGCCACCCCCGCCUCUUUUGCCCGUGAGUCUGCCGUGACCGAGCCUGUCAGCCCCGCCUCGCACGCUGGCGUCUCCUCGGAGCGCAGCGUGCAGGUCGUCCCCGCUGGCAGUGUCAGCGCUUCUGCGUUCGUCCACAGUGACGACGGCAUCGACGUCGCGGUCAAUCACGUUUUCCACGCGCACGACGAGCUCACCACGUCUACCCACUGGGUGGAAGGCGACUAUCUCAUGACUGUCAGGAAGACCACCUUGCUCAAUGAGCCCACCGGUACCUGUGCCAAUCGCCACUCUGCGCUCUCUUCCGCCUCUUCCUCUACUCCCACUGCCCUCAGUCAGGGCCGAGGUGCUGGUGGUAUAGACAAUGGUAACAUCCCCUCUGCUACCGGUGCUCACGUCGACCGCCAAGUCCAGUCUCGACCAUCCUCUGGCCCUACUCCUCGACGACGUCAACUUGACUUCAUGACCGCCACCCACGCUCCCUACCGCCGUGGCUCUACCCGCAUUCAAGUCAUUGCUCGUCACCGAGAGCAGAUCAAGGUCACGUCCGGAUCUAAUGGCUCUACCCGUGCCGUCACCGAUGGCCCGCGAGUCUCGGUGGCUGCUCUGUGCGACGCGCUUCCUGGUGCUACACCUGCUACUGCCACCGCCUCGUCCUCUCGCUCUGUCUUUGAUCCUGCUGUCGUCCGCCGUACUGAGUCUUCUGUCGGCUCUGAUCGAGCCAUCGCCAUGCGUCCCCGGCCUUCUUUCUCUUCUGCUCCGCGGGUUGCUCCUCCAGCUCGUCUUUCCCUUCGAGGCCCUCCUCCUGCCAGAACCACUCUCAAGAGGACAAUCAACGAAGUCUCGAACGACGAUACCGAAUCUGAACUGGCUCGUGUCCCCAAGCGUACUCGCGUCACCCCGCCUCGUCAGCUCGUUCCAGCGCCUCGUCAAGUUUCUUCUUCUUCAUCUACAUCUUCCUCUCCCGCAUCCGAGAUCAUCCUCACUCCUCCCAACCACGAUGUCGCUCUGCCCGUUGUCUCGCCCUCUCCCAGGCGCACUAAGCGCACCCGUGAUCAAGUUGACGAGGAUGACGAGUCUUCUUCUGAACCUCCCAGGCCGACCACAAGAAUUCGCUUCGAUACCGUCCCUGCUUCCACUGGUUUAGCCAACUACUCCAGGGCCGACACCCGAACCGCCCUUGUACCUCCGCCCCGGGCCUUCUCGAUUGGCGCACCUUCAUUUUCGCCCCUUCCAAGCCAUCCAGCAGUCCCCGAGACUGCCGUGGCUCAAGGUACUCGCAAGACCUUUGUUCCUCCUCCUCGAGCUUUCAUGGCCGGGGCGCCUCCUUCUAGUCCUCUUCCCUGUACCUCCGGCCGAGAGUCAUUCCUAGCCCGAGGCGCUGCAGCUGCCGCGCCUCCGCCAUUCUUCUCUCAGGCGUCUCCUCCCACCCCUCUGCCCUGUACCUCCGCCAGAGAGUCUUUCCAGUCUUUCCUAGCCCGAGGGGCUGCAGCUGCUGCGCCUCCACCAUACCACGAGACUCCAGCAUACUUUUCUCGCGAGGCUCUUGCCAGGUCUCGCCAGGCUCUCGCCAAAUCUGAAUCGGAUCUGCCUUAAAUGUCCCUUUUUGAGCUGGUGACGGGCAGGUCGUCCAAUAUUUCGCGUUUUACGAACCAUGAUACGAAUAAUCGACAAGACCACCCUCAACACUCUCACUAUCAUACAUGGAAUCGCCCCUGUCUGUAGAGCUCUUAUACUCUCUCCCCUUUUCAACACUGUCCUUCUAGUGUAACGUCUUCCCCAAUCACCUCACAGAGUCAGUCACUGAUCAUUAUCCAAAGCCAAUAUCCGUCAUCAAACUGGCCAGUGUCAGCAACACCACCUCCUCCUGGACUCUCGCACUCUCAACAAGACACCGUUGAUUCGCGCUCUCUGAAUUUGUCUUUUGCCUCUUUGGAUUUCUGUCUUUCAUUUAUUCCCUUCUAUAUUUGCACGUUGUUGAUUAGAAGUGUGACCUCUUGUCGUGUCUUUCCGUUUCGGUAUCUGUUUUCCUGUCUCGGGAUUCUUGUCUAGAGAUUCGAGUAGACUUCUAUUCGUUUGCUUCAUUGUCGUAGCCAAAUAGUAGACCGACCUACAUCAAUACAAAUCAAGAUAGUGGUGAUAGUAGUCGACGUAGCUCCCAUAGUUCAUCAGUACCCAUAGAUGACGAGUAGCCUCUGUAUAGUAGAUACUCGCAUUUGGUAGCUAUAGCCUCGGGAGCUUCUCACUUUUGUUCUAUCCUCGUCAUAGCUAUUCAUCACCAUACUUCUCGCAGUAGUCCUAUCAGUAGAUACACAUACGCCCGUCGUCUUAUAUACCCCUGUUCAUACCAUCGUACUGUACUCUACUAUACCUCCAUACGUAUCUAGCCGCUGAGUUUUAUGUGCAUGUAUCUCCUCGAUUGUCUA